AUGACUCGAAUUGGUUGGUAUGGCUUGGGCUCUAUGGGCCUUGCAAUGGCCACCAACCUCCAGAAGCAUCUGGCAACAAAGAAUACUCUAAACAGUCUCCUCUACUCAAAUCGGACUUUGUAUCGUGGUGAUCCCCUCAAAGCACUUGGUGCCACCCCCGAGACAAACUUCUCGAAGCUUGUCGCUCAGUGUGGGAUCAUUUUUACAAUGGUCUCCAACGACGCUGUCCUGCAAAGUCUCGUCUCAAGUGUUACUGAAUCAAACCAGUCGCUAAAAGACAAGAUCUUUGUCGACUGCUCAACCGUCCACCCCGAGACGGUGGGACUAACAGUCGCAAAACUGAAAGAGAAGCAAGCCGAUUUCCUAGCCGCGCCAGUAUUCGGCGGUAAUCCCAUUGCUGUCGAUGGGAAGCUCGUCUUUGCCUUUGGUGGACCGAAACGUGCAUCGGAUCUUGUCAAGCCACUGAUCCAGGACGUCAUGGGUCGCAAGGUAAUCGAUUGCGGAGAGGACGCGACAAAGUCUUCUAUGCUGAAGAUUGCGGGUAAUAUUAUAACUAUCAACUUGAUGGAAGCCGUCGGCGAAGCCCAAGUCUUCGCUGAACGCACAGGUCUUGGAACGGGUGCAAUGGAGGAACUAAUUGGGGAAGCCUUCGGGCCUGUUGCAGGGGGUUAUUCGAAGCGUUUAACAACCGGCGCAUAUGCACCACCUCUUGACUCUCGUCCUGGAUUUGGCGUCUCCUUAGCAAUUAAGGAUGCAAAACAUGCAUUCACUGUUGCGAAGGAGAACAAUGUUGAACUCCCUGCGUUGCAGGUUGCUACUGACAACAUGGUUGCUGCUCGGGAGUAUGGCGGGGAAUGUUUAGAUAGUAGUUCCAUGUACGGAGUCUUGCGACAGAAGGCGGGGAUGGAGUUCUGGAAUGAGAAGAGCCGAAAAGGUUAA